AGGUGGAUACGAUCCAGAUUCAAGUAAGAGUGGUGAAAUGAUACCGACUGGAACUACUUAUGUACUUGACCUCGACACGAAAGAAUGGGAAAGUAAACGGAACAUGAUCUGUGCUCGAGCACACCACGGUGUUGUAACUAUUCGUGGCCGUAUUUAUGCUAUUGGUGGUCGUGAUAGCAGAGGGAGAGUGGUUUCGUCUAUGGAAGUAUACACACCGGAAAUAGACGCCUGGGAAAUGGAGAGACCAAUGCCCAUGCCACGCAUGGGUCUGGGUGCAGUGACCUACAUGGGAUUUAUCUGGGUACUUGGUGGAUUGACGUCGUUUCCAGAAAAUUCUGAUUCUGAUUCACCAGUUCUUGACAGCGUGUUGUGCUAUGAUCCAGUAUCUAAAAUGUAAGUUAUUGUGAAACAAUUAGUAUAAAAAUAACAUUUGUGUAAGAAUGAUAAAUAAACUUCCGAGUGAAAGUA